AUGGUGGCGGCGGCCCUGAGAACAGAAGACAGGCGCGUGGCUCGGUCUCGCAAGAAAAAACUCCCACGGCCUCCCAGCGACCCUCUGUACCCGGUCACCUCUACCUCCACAGCGCUCAGCCGGCUUUCGACGUCACUUCCGGGAGGAGCGGAAGCCGUGCCUGGAGAUCGUGAGGUCAUUUCCGGGAACUACCAUUUUCCUUCCAUCUCGAGGGGAGACGCAAAGAGAAAUGGCAGUUGCCGUGGGUGGGCGUGGCCUGGACUUCCGGUCUACAAUACUGUCCGGCUCUUCAGCCCCUGUGCCCAACAGGAACAGGCACCAAGCAACCCCAUGACAGAACCCCUGCCUAUGGUGGACCUGUUGUUUAACCUGGAUGUGGUGAGCAUGGAACACUUACUCAAGUCAGUCUUGUUAUACACUUUGAAUAACCCAGCAGCUUCCUCCUCCACUGUGACCUGUGUGUGUGACCUUGUGGUAAAAGAACCCAUGUUUUCUGGCAGGGCACCCCCAAGAGCGCCCUACUCAUUUACCCUGAAGAAACACAGAUGGAUUGAGAUUGAUGUGACCUCCCUCCUUCAGCCCCUGGUGGCCUCAAGUGAGAUGAGCAUUCACAUGGCUGUCAGUUUUACAUGCACAAAAGACCAGGCCCCAGAGGAUGGAGUGUUUAACAUGCCUUUCUCAGUGCCUCCCUCACUCAUCUUGUAUCUCAACAACACUAGCACCCAAGCCUACCACCCAUAGCAGUCCCUUCAGUCCACAUGGAGGCCUUCACAGUAUCCUGGUCAGGCCAGUGUGACUGCCCGUCCUGUGAAAGAGGAGGCUGCUGAGGUGGAAAGAUCUCCCUAGCUCCCUCGAGGGCAGAAAGCCUUUCCCUCCGAAGCAAAGGGUCCACAACUUACAGCAUCCUUCAAUUUCUCCAAGUACUUCAGACAGUUUCUUUUCCCACAAAACGAGUAUGAACUCCAUGACUUCAGACUGAGCUUUAGUCAGCUCAAAUGGGACAACUGGAUUGUGGCUCCGAACAGAUACAACCCUAGGUACUGUAAGAGGGACUGUCCCAGGGCGGUCAGGCAUCGGUACGGCUCUCCUGUGCACACCAUGUUUCAGAAUAUCAUCUAUAAGAAGCUGGACCAAUCAAUGCCAAGGCCUUCAUGUGUGCCCAGCAAAUACAGCCCCUUGAGUGUGUUGACCAUUGAACCCAUCAGCUCCAUUACUUACAAAGAGUAUGAAGAUAUGACAGCUACGAGGUGCACCUGGCGUUAG